AUGGACCUCGACUACGCCAGCUCCGACGACGAGUCCGCUCCGGCUUCCGCGCCCGUGCCCGCGCCUCCUCCGCCCGUGCCAACCAAGAAACCCUCCGGACUGUCGGCGCUCCUCCCCAAGCCGAAGUCGCGAAAGCAAAAAGACGAAGCUGUAGAUAAAGACGCGCCGAAGAAGAUUAUCGUGAACCUACCCAAGUUUGACGAUGAUGAGGAGGAGGGGAGGGAUGGGCGGCCUGCGAAGAAGGCGCGGACUACGGGGAGCGGGUUGAGUGCCAUGUUGCCGGCGCCGAAACGGACUGGCGGUGCUGCGAAGGGUGCUGCACCCCCGCCGCCGCCGGAGGUGAAGGACGAGGUUAGGGCUGAAGUGGGGACUGUGACGGAGGAGACGCAACAACAACAACCAGUGUCGGCGAUGAGUGCUAGUAACACUAUGUUCGUCCCGCAAUCGGUGGCUCGAAAACCUAUCCAGCCCAUGAGUGCGUUCCGGAAGAAGACUGUUGCUACGGCGGGGGGAAAGGCCAAGACGGAGCUGGUGAAGCCGAAGGUGUCAUUGUUCGGAGCAGCCGUGACGAAUCCCCUUCCUCGACCGAAAGCGGUGAAGCCGGUGAUGGCGGGAGAGUACAAGCCGAUAAUGCUCGAGGCUGCGCAGCCUAUGCGGAGGCCGGCGGAGCACACGGAUGAUUUUGACGAGGAGCAGGGAAUGGUGGGGGUGGCCGAACAGAGUUCGUAUGCUGCGGGUGGGGGUGCGGCAGCUGCAAAUGCACAAUCACAGAUAAAUGACCUUGAUGCGCUAGCACGUGAGGCGGGCUUGGAUGAGAGUGCGUUGCGUCAGCUAUACGGCAGGCAUGGGCCUGGCGGUAUGCCAGUCAAGAUUACCACCUUCAGCGUCGACGAGGAGUACAGACAGAACGAGCGGGACAUGGAGGCAGGUCUGGCAGCGGAGGUCAAGCCUGUACGGACUGUUGCGCCGGGACGGCAUCAACUGUCGUCGCUGCUCAAUGUUGCUCAGUCACAGAAGGCUGCAUUGGAAGACAGCUUUGCGAGAAGCAAGGCGACUCGGAAGGAGUCCUCGUCGAGGUACGGAUGGUGA